UAAAAAUAUAGUUCUGCGUCAAUUGUACAACAUUGUAUAUAAAAAUGAUUUCUUUUCGCCGUUUUGGUCUUAAUCAUGUUCGACAUUAUUCUUCCAAGUCGGUUGAAUUGGCUUUUGACAAGUACGCCUAUCGUCGUUUGCCAUGGUCUGUUUGGAUCCAAACAAAAUUGGAAAUCACUCGCCAAGGCACUUUCUCAACGCACCUCUCGAGAAAUUUAUACGGUUGACCUUCGUAACCAUGGCGACAGUCCUCACCAUCACACCCAUAACUUUGACAGCAUGAGCCAAGACUUGAUUGAAUUCAUUCGUCGUCAAGACCUAAACGAGCCUGUGCUCAUGGGUCAUUCCAUGGGUGGGAAAGCAGUCAUGGCCACAGCGCUUCGUGCUCCUUCACUCGUCUCUAAACUGAUCGUUGUUGACAUGCCUCCUGUUCCUCUCAAGCUCGGCAGAAGUUUUAGAAACUACAUCAAAGCGAUGCACGAUAUUGAGCAAGCUCAAGUCAAGAAACAGAGCGAGGCCGAUGCGAUCCUGGCUAAGGUCGAAAAGGACGUCAGCAUCCGUAUGUUCUUGCUGACAAAUCUUAAGCGAGACGAUCAAGGUAUUCUGCGCUUCCGUGUUCCCUAUGAUAUCCUCGGUCAGUCGUUGGAAACCAUUGGUGAUUUUCGUGAGGAUUUUUUGCAAGGUAGACACUAUGAUCGACCCACGUUGUUUAUCGCAGGUGGUAAAAGUCCUUAUAUGACACCGUUCAAAGAGGAAAAGGAUAAAGUGGACCAAUUGUUUCCUAAUUCAACACUAGACAUUGUAGACAACGCUGGUCAUUGGGUUCAUGCUGAAAAACCCGAUGCAGUACUAAAGCUCGUUACAGACUUUGUAAAUGAAUAUAGCAAAAAGUAUAUUUAA